AUGAAAGAGAAAGAUAUAGAAGCGAAGCUGCGUCAAGUCACAAAUGAAUGGUCAGUGCACGAACUGACAUUCCAAACGUUCAACAACCGCGGCGAAUUAUUGCUUCGAGGAGAUACCACUGCAGAGACAAUCGGGCAACUUGAAGACAGCCUUAUGAUCUUAGGAUCCCUAUUGUCUAAUCGGUACAACGCCCCGUUUAGAAAACAAAUACAACAAUGGCUGUAUGAUUUGCAAAGCACAAAUGAGAUCCUAGAAAGAUGGCUGCUUGUACAAAAUAUGUGGGUUUACUUAGAAGCGGUGUUCGUUGGAGGUGAUAUAGCAAAACAACUUCCAAAGGAAGCUAAACGCUUCUCUAAAAUUGACAAAUCAUGGCAAAAAAUCAUGCAAAGAGCUCACGAGACUCCCGGUGUCGUGUCCUGCUGCGUUGGAGACGAUCUUCUUAGGCAGCUACUGCCUCAUCUACAAGAGCAGUUGGAGCUAUGCCAAAAAAGCUUGAGUGGAUAUUUGGAAAAGAAGAGAACUAUGUUUCCGCGCUUUUUCUUCGUAUCUGAUCCCGCGUUGCUUGAGAUUUUGGGCCAGGCGUCCGAUUCGCAUACGAUACAGAACCAUUUACUUUCAAUAUUUGAUAAUAUACGAUUUGUUAAAUUCCAUGAUAUUGAAUAUAACAAAAUGACAGCAAUCGUGUCAUCCGAAGGUGAAGAGAUAAAACUUGAGAGACCAUGUCGCCUGAACGUUCGGUCCGCGAACGAUUUCGAAUGGUUGAAGCAAUGUCGCUUCUACUUUAAGGAAGACGCUGACAAAACAUGGAUAUCCGUCACAGACGUCACUUUCACGUAUCAAAAUGAGUAUUUGGGAUGUACUGAAAGGCUUGUCAUUACUCCACUAACUGAUAGGUGCUACAUAACAUUGGCGCAAGCAUUAGCUAUGAGUAUGGGAGGUGCGCCGUGCGGACCAGCUGGAACUGGAAAAACUGAAACGGUGAAAGACAUGGGCAAAACUUUGGCCAAAUACGUCGUAGUCUUUAACUGUUCCGACCAAAUGGAUUACAGGGGCCUUGGGCGCAUCUACAAAGGCCUAGCGCAAUCGGGCUCCUGGGGAUGCUUUGACGAAUUCAACCGAAUUGAGUUGCCAGUGCUAUCCGUGGCGGCUCAGCAAGUAGCCGUAGUGCUUGCUGCCAAGAAAGAAAAGAAGAAAUCCUUCUUCUUCACAGAUGGCGACAUGUCGGAUAUGUGCCCAGAGUUUGGCAUUUUUAUAACUAUGAAUCCCGGCUAUGCUGGACGCAAGGAGCUGCCGGAAAACCUGAAAAUACAAUUCCGAACGGUAGCUAUGAUGGUGCCGGAUAGACAAAUCAUCAUACGAGUAAAGUUAGCUUCUUGCGGCUUUCUCGAGAAUAUAACUCUUGCACGGAAAUUUUACACACUUUACAAGCUGUGUGAAGAACAGCUAACCAAACAGGUGCACUAUGAUUUCGGCUUGAGAAAUAUUUUAUCCGUAUUAAGAACUCUAGGCGCAGUCAAGCGAGUAAAUUCAAAAGACAACGAGAGCACAAUAGUGAUGCGGGUUUUGCGAGAUAUGAAUUUAUCAAAAUUAAUAGACGAAGACGAACCCCUCUUCAUUUCCCUUGUUGCUGAUCUAUUUCCAAAUCAAGUGUUAGAGAAAACGAUAUAUCCUGAGCUGGAGGAUGCUAUUAGAAAACAAGUGGAUCAAGCUGGUUUAAUCUAUCAUCCACCAUGGAUAUUAAAAAUUAUACAGCUUUACGAGACUCAAAGGGUCCGGCACGGCAUAAUGAUACUUGGCCCUCCGGGAGCAGGGAAGACUACUUGUAUACAUACGUUGAUGACAGCUUUAUCUGACAUAGAAAACCCCCACAGGGAUGCACCCGAACCAACUGGUGAGGAAGGUGAAGACGCUGAUAUGGAAUUACCCAAAGUGUAUGAACCAGUGUUUGAUUUUAAUGAAUUACGAGAUCGGUUGGAUAUGUUCCUUUCCCAAUUCAACGAGAUGGACUUAGCCUUAGCAUCCGAAAAAGCUGACCGGGUUUUAACCGAAGUUACAGAACGGGCUAUGCAAGCAGAAAUAGUAAAAAAUCAAGUACAAAUAGUAAAAGAGAAAGCAGAAGCUCUGGUAGCUUACAUUGCCGAAGAAAAGGAAAAGGCUGAAAUAAAAUUGGAAGCUGCUAAACCAGCCCUUGAAGAAGCCGAGGCUGCGUUGAAUACUAUUAAACCAGCUCAUAUAGCAACUGUAGCGAUGGAAGAUCUUGCGUCAGCAGAACGACAGCUAGAAGAAAGAGAAAUGUCUCUACGCAAAGUCAAGGAACAGUACGAAUCAGCUGUAUCUGAAAAACAACAACUAACAGAUGCGGCAAAUGUUUGCUUGAGAAAAAUGACAGCAGCGACUGCUUUAAUAAACGGUUUAGGUGGAGAAAAAAUUAGGUGGACUCAACAAAGCAAGGAUUUCAAAGAACAACUUGGUAGAUUGAUAUCUACUAACGAAAAAGAAUGGCGUGUUUGGUAUGAGAGGGCAAAGCCCGAGGAGGAAAUUAUUCCAAGUGGUUACAAUGAGAGCCUUGACGUCUUCCGUAAGCUGCUACUAAUAAGGUCGUGGAGCCCCGACCGUACCCUUUCACAAGCAAGAAAAUACAUUGUUGGCGCAUCCCUAGAUCGUAAAACCGGGAAGCUGAUUGAAUCAAAAGCAAAAGUUCUCUACGAGCAAAUGCCGGUUAUAUACAUUUUUGCAAUAAACACCACCGCCGGGAAAGACCCGCGACUUUACGAGUGCCCUAUUUACAGAAAACCCCAGAGAACAGACGCAAAGUCCACCUUAUAUAGUACGAGUCGCUUAAAGGAACUUCUUGACUUCAUCGUACAAGACAAGGACGAAAGCAGCUCCAGUACCCCUGAGAAUAUUCGAGAAGGCGCCUUUAAAAAAAGCGCCUGGGCCUUCCGUGCGAAGAAUCGUAGCCCAGCAGUGGGCGGUACUUUUAUAUUGCCGUUCGUGUACAGGUCUUCCCGACUGCAUCAUCAUUCUCCUACGCACGGUGUC